AGAUAUUCUUAACUACGAUGGGAAAUAAUCAAAUUAGAGGUAAAAAACACAAAGUUUAUGGGAUAGUUGCUUAUUGCAUCUAAAAUCGCUAAUAUCUAUUAACAUUGAAUAAAUAAGGACAUUUUUGGGAAUUUCCAAAAGGUUACCCAGAAAAGCGUGACAAUUGCGAUGAAUUAAAAACAGCUUUGAGAGAAUUUGAAGAGGAAACUGGAAUAUCAUAAUCAUGUCUAAGAAUUAUUCCUCACAAAACAGAUCUUUCUUUUAAUUACUUGAGGCAUGGAAAAUAAGAAAAAGAAGCACGUUAUUUUAUUGCAGUAUUAGAUUAAGUUCCUUAAAAUGUUAAGAUAUAACAUUCAGAAGUUGCUGAUUUUAUGUGGGCAAAUUAUGAAAAGGCUUUGUAGUAACUCACUUACGAAAAUUGUAAAAAUAUCUUAAUCAAAGUAAAUGAAGAAAUUGAUAAUUUCUUACAAAAUAAUUAAUAAUGAAUGAAUUAUAAAUAAAUAUAUUAAAAGUAAACUAUCAUUUAAAUUUUGUUAUUUUUUCUUUUUUUUUAAAUUCUAAUUAAAAAUUAUGGUUAUU